AUGAGUCUCAAGGGGCUUCAGAAGAGCGUCGUGCGCGCUCCACAGACUAUCAAGGCGAAGUUUAACGUCGGCGAGCACACCAAGGAUGCUGUCUACAUAGAUGCAGACCGGAGGUUUGUGGAGUUGGAAAAGGAAACGAAGAAGUUGCAUGAUGAAUCAAAGAAGUACUUCGACGCCAUCAAUGGCAUGCUUAGCCACCAGAUCCAAUUCUCUGAGGCUAUCAAAGAACUGUAUAAGCCCAUCUCAGGCCGAGUGUCAGAUCCCGAAAGCGAAAUUCCCGAAGGGAAUCAAGAAGGACUAGAUGCAUGCGAUGGAUAUGCGUCGAUCGUUCGCGAGCUGCAAGUAACCCUAGAACCGGAAUUGGAAUUGAUCCAUUCCCGGGUGGUUCACCCGGCCGAGGAGCUCCUGGAAAUCAUCAAGAUCAUUCGUAAAGUCGCUGUAAAACGACAACAUAAACAGUUGGAUUAUGACCGGCACCGUGCCACGUUAAAGAAGCUGCAGGAUAAGAAGGACAAAUCACUCAAGGAUGAGAAAGCCCUGUACAAGGCCGAGAAUGAUGUCGAGCAAGCAACGGCAGACUUUAACUUCUACAACGACCUUUUGAAAAGGGAGCUCCCCCAGCUCUUCCAUCUGGAAGCAGAGCUGAUCAAGCCCCUCUUCCAAUCCUUCUACUUCAUGCAGCUCAACAUCUUCUACACCCUCCACGAACAGAUGCAGGGCAUGAAGAUCCCCUACUUCGAUCUGACGUCGGAUGUCGAAGAGGCAUUCGACCGAAAACGAGGCAACGUCAAGGAAAGGGCGGAGGGGCUGGCAAUCGUCCACUUCAAGACCAGAAUCGGUCGUCAACCGGGGUCCAGAUUGCCACCAGGCGGGAAAGAUAAGCUUGCUGCGAACAACAAGGCAUACCCAACACGCCGCACUUCAGACACCACUUCCUCGGAAACCCCACCACCCCCAUACUCCGCUCACACUGCAUCUACGCUUAUCGGCGGAGCCGGCUCUCUAGCUGCUGCGGCAAAGGCUAAGCCGCCGCCGCCGCCUCCGCCUAAACCAGCACGUUUCGCUGGAUCAUCUCCCGUGGAAACCGUGACGGCCUUGUACGACUAUGAGGCGCAGGCGUAUGGUGACCUCAGCUUCACGGCCGGCGAUGUGAUAGAGAUCAUAGAGCGGACGGCUAAUGAGAAUGAAUGGUGGACGGGGAAGAUCAAUGGGAAGACCGGGCAGUUUCCAGGAAACUAUGUUAAAUUAAAUUAG